UCAGUCACACACACAAGGCGCACGGAGUUACAUUUCCGCUGGUUUGUCGGUUUGAGUCCGUCGCAAUGAAUUGUGGGAGGUGCUGGAUUGUUCUGCUGGUACUCGGAUUAUCACUGACACCCUGCACGGGUGUGACGUACUACUGCCCAAAUGCUUACGACUACACUCGCCAUGAUCCCUAUGCCGACGGAAUUCGAGUCAACACAAGGACGUCCUUGACCUUUCAGGUCAAAGGUAGAAACGAUGCUCAUAUUCUGCUACAGAACGACCGUAACAAUUACAGAACCAAUGUUAUUGAAAUUGUUAUUGGUGGGUGGGGCAACAGCCAAUCUGUGAUCAGAAAUAGUCAGCAAGGAACUAACAGAGUUAGCUAUUCGGGUUCAGUCCUAAGCUCAAGCUCUUAUCGUUGGUUCUGGAUCUCGUGGGGCGGCGGAUGUGUACAGGUUGGAAAGGGCAGCUCAAUAGGUUCAAGCAGAAUUAUGAACUGGUGCAGUUCGAUCCCCACUAUGAAUGGUGUACGUUUCAGCUUCGGAUUCGGCAGCGAUGGAUACUUUCUUUUUGAGAGGGCUGUAAAUGGUGGCUGGUCUAACUGGGGUAGCUAUUCUAGCUGUCCUGUCACGUGUGGAACUGGGUCAGUUACAAGGUCAAGGUCAUGUAACAAUCCAACGCCAGCUCAUGGAGGAACAACCUGCUCUGGAAGUGCUACUGAAACUGGCACGUGCACGAAACCUGCAUGUCCAAAAACAUGUGCUGAAGUAUACUCGAGUGCGAGUUCACCCCCAUCUAGCGGCACUUAUACACUUGCUAACGCUCAAGGACAGCCAUUUAGAGUUUACUGCCUAUUUAAAAGCGGUUAUGGCUACGCUUUUAUCUCAAACACUAUAAAUGUGGACCCAAACCUAGCCCAGCUGUUUACCCAGAAGACCGAGGUUCUUAUAAGACACAAACGCACGAACGGACUGCAGUACGACGCCACAGCGGCACAAAUCACCCGCUACUCGAGCAAGAAUCUUGGCGUUUUGUACAAUUCAUAUUCAGGGUAUACUGAAAUGCAGAAUGGUCACAUGACCCCGUAUCUGUACGUCGGUUUCGUACCCAAGGCCGGAGUCAGUCAUUACCAUGACACGCAAGGAUGGAGAGUCCAGGGGAGAGAUUUUACAUUUCAGAACUGUGACGGCAACCCUAACAGUUACUUUACACUGUUGUAUAAUAGUCAGAGAAAAGCCUAUGGAAGUUAUUCGCACGGGAAAACAGAUUUAUUGCACGUGUGGUACGAUUAUGCGACCGCUACUAGCACGGCAGACUACAUUCCUGACGAAUUUUUCGCUAGCCAAUUUGAGAUUCAUUUCGGUGGUUGUGGUGGCUAUCAAACCUCGACCAGCUUUACCGGUGUGGCCGGCGCCUCUAUUGGUCUGAAAUUCAUAUUGUCAUGUGGAACACCGGCGACAAUUACUUCCGGUUCACGUUCUCUUACCGGAACAAAUCCUGGAGAUACCGUCACGUACAGCUGCAAUGCCGGGUACACAAUUACAAGCGGAAGUGCCUCACGGACAUGCAGUGGUGGUGUUUGGAGUGGGAGUCAGCCGACCUGUGGAGAUAUCAAUGAAUGCGCAAGCAACCCAUGCAAAAAUGGUGCGCAGUGUGUGAACGGUCAGAAUAGUUUCACGUGCAACUGUGCUUCCGGUUGGACUGGUACUACGUGUACAACAGAUGUUAAUGAAUGUGCAAGUAACCCAUGCAAGAAUGGUGCUGCAUGCGUGAAUGGAGCAAAUAGAUACACCUGCACAUGUACUGCAGGAUGGUCGGGAACAAAUUGUGACACUGAUGUCAAUGAAUGUGCAAGUAAUCCAUGCAAAAAUGGCGCGCAAUGCACGAACGGGCGGAAUCAGUUCACGUGCACAUGCGCUUCCGGUUGGACUGGAACAACAUGUACAACAGAUGUCAACGAAUGUGCAAGUAACCCGUGCCAGAAUGGUGCCACGUGCAACAAUCUUCAAAAUCGAUACACAUGCACGUGUACUGGCGGAUGGCAAGGAACAAAUUGCGACCAAGAUGUUAAUGAAUGUGCGAGCAACCCAUGCAAGAACGGUGCCACGUGCACUAACGGAAGAAAUAUGUACACGUGCACGUGCGCGGCCGGCUGGCAGGGAACUAAUUGUGACCAAGACAUCGAUGAAUGCGCGAGUAACCCAUGCCAAAACGGAGCCACGUGUCACAAUCAGCAAAACCAAUACACGUGCGAGUGUGCAGGAGGUUGGACUGGAACACACUGUGAUCAAGAUAUCGAUGAAUGUGCGAGCGACCCGUGCAAAAACGGUGCUGCGUGUACAAAUGGUCAGAAUCGAUUCACGUGUACAUGUACUGGAGGAUGGACAGGCACUGACUGCAACACAGAUGUAAAUGAAUGCGCGAGUAACCCGUGCAAGAAUGGUGCCACUUGUCACAAUGGACAAAAUGAGUACUCGUGCACGUGCACGGGUGGUUGGCAAGGAGACAACUGUGAUGAAGAUAUAAAUGAAUGUUUGAGCGACCCGUGCAAAAAUGGAGCCACGUGUAACAACUUACAGAACAGUUACACGUGCACAUGUACAGGAGGUUGGCAAGGAACUGAUUGCGACAUCGACAUCGACGAAUGCGCGAGCAAUCCAUGCCAGAAUGGAGCUACAUGUCUAAAUAACCAGAACAACUACGAGUGCGAAUGUGUGCCUGGAUGGCAAGGUGUUAAUUGUGACAGAGAUAUUGACGAAUGUGCGAGCAACCCGUGUCAUAAUGGUGCCGCGUGCAACAAUUUGUUGAAUGAGUACACGUGCGAUUGUACCCCUGGUUGGCAAGGGUAUGACUGUGAUCAGGAUAUUGACGAAUGCCUCAGUAGCCCGUGCAUUAAUGGCACGUGCACAAAUUUACAUAAUGCAUACAGAUGCACGUGUUUCCCGCAGUAUACCGCCAAAAACUGUGACUACUUGAUCGGCUCUCCUAUGGACGGACAGUGGGGACAGUGGGAGGCAUGGCAGGGAUGUUCAGUGACGUGUGGCACAGGAAGACAGCGCCGGUAUCGAGCCUGCGAUGACCCGCCACCAGAUUAUGGUGGCCAACCGUGUGUCGGGGACUCUUUUGAUGAAAAUGUUUGUUCAGGAGCCGGUUCAUGUCCAGUACCAGUCGAUGGAAACUGGGGCGCAUGGUCAGUUGCUGCCCCGUGCAGUGCUACAUGCGGAACAGGGCAUUCGGUCAGAACGAGAAAGUGUGACAACCCUGCCCCAAGUAAUGGAGGAAGAGUUUGCACUGGGGACGCUAUGGUAGUUGAACAGUGCACAGUGACUGCAUGUCCGGCGUCCGGGUCGUCAAACGGAACUGGGUCAGGGUCAUCCAAUAUGGGAGCUAAUUACAUAAAUGUUUGUCCUGUGGGUUGGUUAACGUGCGCGUCAGGCUCAAUCACGUGCAUAGACGAAGCAUUUAAGUGUGACUGCGUUCCUGACUGCGAUGACAGAAGUGACGAAACCGAACUCUGGGCUGGUUGCGACCCGACUAUGAUGCAGCUCUGUUCAGCAGCUCCAGUAUUAAAGCACGGAUGGUUGUUGGCAGCCAGUAUUGUCUGUCUGGUACAACUUGUGAUGAAAUUAUUCUGAAUUUACAGUGAAAAUAGUGGCAGCUUCAUAAUGUGUGUGUAUUGUAACAGUUUCCCAUUCAUGUUUUAGAGACUAGUGAUUAUCAUACAUUGACUAGGAAAACGAUACAUGCCUUACAUUUUUUCUAAAUAAUAAAGAAAAGGAAAAAAGGAAAAGAAACAUCAUAGAAAGAGGAACUUCAUCUAAAACUUUCGAUAGAAUAAUAGAAGCUUAUAUCAUUAUGUAUUCCUCUUUUUUGUCUGUAAAGUAACAUAAUACGACUAUGUAUGUUAUAUUUGUUUCAGUGUCCUAAACACUUUUGUUUAUUAAAUAUGUUUAACAGAACAUGUUCCAAAUAUUUGCAUUCAGACUGAACUUUUAGAUCGAUAAGAAUAGUAUUUGACUCAUUUUUCAUCUUUUUUUUUACUAAGAAUUGUCUACAUUUAUUCGAUAUAUUUCCGAUGUACAAGUGUAACCUCUGCAGAACGGGGCCUUUUAUACAGCAACUACCUCAGUACAACAACAGUUUUAUUUUUUGUUCUUAAAGUAAUACUUUAAAAGUGAUUUAACCUCUGUAGAACACCUCGUCUCAAUAACAACCAAAAUAUUUACAAUCUUAAGGGUGUUUCUAUGCAGAGGUUGUACAUUAAACGUCCAUGUAGAGAUGUAAUCUACACUAGAUUUACUUUAUUGAUGUUGUGUUAUAUCAAUAAUACUCGUAUGCUUGAAAAAUAAAUUUUUGUUGCAUUUGAUAUCUUUUAAUU